CUGGAGCAGUCGUCAUUCUGCACGCUGACCCGCAUUAACUUUCUCCUCCCUGCCGCCCUCCUCCACACAGCGAGCUGUAAAUGCGUGAGCGUCAGAGGGCCCAGUAUGAAGAAGUCGGCCCGGCCAGCGGCGAGUAAGGCCAGCGGAGACCGAGGGAAGCCGGAAGCUGCAGCCGCCUCUGGUAGCGGGAAGUCCACAGCCAAAAGCGCCACGGCCGGCCCUCUGCCGAAGGUGAAAAGCAAUGAUGAUCUUUUAGCAGCCAUGGCCGGAGGGAAUCCUGCGCCCAAUAGUGCCGUCGCCAAGACCAAGAGGACCGCUUCUGUUGGCACCAAUGUGAGCAACCUGGACACCAAGCCAAAGACAACAUCAGGUAGUUUAUCAAAGCGCGCAACAUCCACCACUUCCAAGGAGCCGAAUUCCAGAGAUCGCCUUCGAACAUUGAGGUCGUCGACCGCUAAGAAGCAGCCGGGAUCAGGGACGGCGGCGGGGGAGGCGGCCUCAGGGAAGCGCUCUCGGAACCAGAACCUGCCGGAGUCCGAGGGCCGCAUGAGCAAAUCCAAAUCAGAUGGUCAGAUCAGCGAUAAAGUGGCCCUAGAGGUCAAAGUAAAAGACCUAUUGGGUUUGGCCAAGAGCAAAGAUGUGGAGAUCCUCCACCUGCGCAGCGAGCUGAGGGACAUGCGGGCCCAGCUGGGCCUGGGGGCCGAGGAGGAGUCCCUGCAGGAGGAGGAAAAGCCGCAGGCUUCCGCCAUCACAGCGGCCGACGUGGAGUCCACUCUAAUUCUUUUACAGGAGCAGAACCAGGCCAUCAGAGGGGAGCUCAACCUGCUGAAGAGCGAGAACCGCAUGCUGAAAGACCGGCUCAACGCGCUGGGCUUCUCCCUGGAGCAGAGGCUGGACGGCUCCGACAAGCUCUUCAGCUACUCCUCUCUGAGCCCGGACCUGGCGGCCGGCACCGCCCACGUCUGCACGGGCACGCUGACCUCCUCGGUGGAGGGCUCUGCCCCCGGCUCGCUGGAGGACCUCCUCACAGGACACCAGCACGGAGGCUCGGCGGACAACCUGGACAGCGAAUCCAGCGAGGUCUACCAGGCGGUGACCUCCAGCGACGACGCCCUGGACGCCCCCUCCGGAGCGUCCUCCUCCUCCGAGUCCGAGUGCGCGGCCAGCACCGAGCGCUCGAGGAGAGGCAGCAGCGGCAACGCCAGCGAGGUGUCGGUGGCCUGUCUGACGGAGCGGAUCCACCAGAUGGAGGAGAACCAGCACAGCACUGCGGAGGAGCUCCAGGCCACGCUGCAGGAGCUGGCCGACCUGCAGCAGAUCACCCAGGAGCUGAACGGCGAGAACGAGCGGCUGGGCGAGGAGAAGGUCAUCCUCAUGGACUCCCUGUGCCAGCAGAGCGACAAGCUGGAGCUGUACGGCCGGCAGAUCGAGUACCUGCGCUCGCUGCUGGACGAGCACCACAUGGCCUACACGCUGGAGGAGGACAUAAAGAGCGGCCGCUACAUGGAGCUGGAGCAGCGCUACGCGGACCUGGGCGACAACGCCCGCUUCGAGCGGGAGCAGCUGCUGGGGGUGCAGCAGCACCUGUCCAACACUCUGAAAAUGGCCGAGCAGGACAACGCCGAGGCCCAGGAGAUGAUCGGCGCCCUGAAGGAGAGGAACCACCAGAUGGAGCGCAUCAUGGAUUCGGAGAGGCAGGACCGGGCCGCCAUGGCGGCGACGCUGGACGAGUACAAGGCGGCAGUGAGCAGUGACCAGGCGGAGCUGAGCCGCUGCCGAGCCCAGCUGGACCAGGAGCGGCAGAGGGUGGCCGAGCUGUACUCGCUGCACAGCGCCGGGGACAAAAACGACAUCUGCCAGCUGCUGGAGGGGGUGCGGCUGGCCAAGGAGGAGGCCGAGGCCAAGGCCGCCAAGUCCCAGAAGGAGCUGGAACAGGCGCACGGCGAACUGGGCCGGCUGCAGGAGACUUUCGGCAAGCUGGACAGGGAGUACAGGAGCUAUCAGGAGCAGGCGGAGCAGCAGCUGGCCGAGCAGAAGCGGACGCUGGAGAAGCAGCGUGUGGAGCUGCAGGAGAAGGAGACCGAGAUCGGCGACAUGAAGGAAACCAUCUUUGAGCUGGAGGACGAGGUGGAGCAGCACCGAGCUCUCAAACUCCACGACAACCUCAUCAUCUCGGACCUGGAGAACUCAGUGAAAAAGCUGCAGGACCAGAAGCAUGACAUGGAAAGAGAGAAUAAGAUUCUUAACCGCAGACUGAGGGAGGAGUCGAUGGAGUGGCGUCAGUUCCAGGCCGAUCUGCAGACGGCUGUUGUCAUCGCCAACGACAUCAAGUCGGAGGCGCAGGAGGAGAUAGGAGACCUGCGGCGCCGGCUGCAGGAGGCCCAGGAGAAGAACGAGAAACUGAGCAAGGAGCUGGACGAGGUCAAGAGCCGCAAGCAGGAGGAGGAACGUGGGAGAGUGUACAACUACAUGAAUGCAGUGGAGAGAGACCUGGCGGCUCUGAGGCAGGGCAUGGGCCUCAGCAGGCGCUCCUCCACCUCCUCUGAGCCCUCGCCCACUGUGAAAACGCUCAUCAAGAGCUUUGACAGUGCCUCACAAGGUCCACCUUCUAAUGGAGCCACGGUGGCUCCCACAGCCUCAGCCCCCCCGUUACCCCGCACCCCCCUCAGCCCGAGCCCCAUGAAGACGCCCCCAGCAGCUGCUGUUUCCCCCAUUCAGAGACACUCCAUAUCUGGCUCUAUGUCGUCUGCCAAGCCUCUCUCAUCCCUCGCUGACAAGAGACCGAGCUACACAGAUAUAACCAUGCCAGCGGAGCACCUCUUCAGGGGAGCCUCGUCGAGCCGGCCCACGACCGGCCUCCAGAGGGUCUCCAACAUGGACGCCACUAAGGCCAUUUCAGUGUCGCGCAGGAGCAGUGAGGAGAUCAAGAGGGACAUGUCGGCCUCUGACGGAGCCUCCUCGUCCUCCCUGAUGGCCAUGAGCGCUGCCUCCUCACCCCUCUCCCUUUCCUCCUCCUCCCCCACUGCCUCUAUCACCCCCACAACACGCAGCCGCCUGAGAGAAGAGAGAAAGGACCCCCUGUCAGCUCUGGCCCGGGAGUAUGGAGGCUCCAAGAGGAAUGCUUUGCUGAAAUGGUGCCAAAAGAAGACCGAGGGCUAUCAGAACAUCGACAUCACCAACUUCAGCAGCAGCUGGAACGACGGCCUGGCCUUCUGCGCCCUGCUGCACACCUACCUGCCCGCCCACAUCCCCUACCAGGAGCUGACCGGCCACGACAAGGCAAGCAAAGCCCGCACUGCUUCCCAUCCUACCACCUGUUGCACGAACGCUGAAAUGACUCUGGCCUUUCCUCCUCAGAGGAGAAACUUCACACUGGCCUUCCAGGCGGCUGAGAGCGUCGGGAUCAAAUGCACUUUGGACAUCAACGAGAUGGUGCACACAGAGAGGCCGGACUGGCAGAGCGUCAUGACCUACGUCACCGCCAUCUACAAAUACUUUGAAACCUGACUUCACCGCCCCCGCCGAGCUCCCACCGACCUUCUGACCCUACAGUCAACUGUUAUACCUCACAGAUCCCCCCCCACCACCUGAACCCCACUGGACACACGAGCACAUCUGUAUGAGGUCACUGCAGGAAGCCUUCAGUUUGCGUCUGAAGGAGCAGCGGAGUGCCUUCUACCUGGCUCCUGUCUGUUUAAGGGGAAUUCUCGCCAGUCUGACGAUAGAAACUUUCCCAAAUCAUCAUUUUCUGCUUCUACUGUGAAUAUUUAAUGGAUGAAUAUUCCUUUUUUUACACAAUAACAAGUUGAGUUGUCAGUUAGAAUUCCCCUUCCACAGACUUCAAAUAGAAGUUAUUUUUUGUUGUACCCCCCACCCCCUUCCAGAUGUUACAGUGUGAUCCAGAUGCCACUAUUUGAAUGGAUGAAGUGCCUGUGUGAGUUUUGAUGCAGGACACCAGGAAAUGAGCUCAAACACCAGUUUUCUUAAAGCUGAGGAGAUGACAAUUUGCCAAAAAUGCGACAGAAGCUCCUUUCUCUUUUUUUUCUUGUUGGCUUUCUGGCUUUUUGAUCCCUGGAAUAAGCACAAGGCAGCACCAACACGCUCAGGUCUGCGGAGCUCUGAGCUGAGUCACGUCUCUUUUUUUGGGUCUAGUCUGGGGCUUAAACAGGCAAAUAUCAACCCUGACUCUAUCCAGGCUACAUGGAGCUGCACCCUCACUCUUUACACACAUUUGUAUGUAGAUCCUGCAGAGGUUAUUUCGGGACACCGUUCCUCCUGCCAAGGGCAGUUUCACACAGAUUAAACUAGAACUUUUAGAGGUGGAGGUAGUUUUCUUUAACCUCAGGCCAGAGCCGGAUUAUUCCUGUCUUGUUACACCUGCUGGCUUUUGCCUCUUAUGAAGCAGUUAAACAUGAGAAAAACGUCGUUUUUUCUCCCCCAAAACGCUAAAACAUCUGAAGAAUGCGCUUCGUUUGCGUGUCUUAACAUAAGCUGUCCGCGCCCCGCUCUGAUUUGCUGCCUUAAAGAGUUCAGUUGCGGCCUCUGUUCCUUAAAAACGGGGCUUUUAUUUUUUUUUAGGUGCCUCGCCAGUAAACCCAGGUGGUUGUUGUUUAGUGCCUCUUAGAAACGCUGGAAGUGGGCGACGGGGAGCUCCGAACCCCCCGGCAGCGCUACAGCCCACCCAGCUCCUCCACACAGCCCAUCUCUGUUAUUUAACGGCCUUUCUCUGGUAAUCUCCCCAUAUCGACGAUUUGGGGGUUUCUAGCUUUGCGCCGCGCUCUCUUCCACCUCUGGCCCGUGAGUUCUGUGGCUCCCGACAGGAUCCUGGCAUUUUGACCAAGUUUUGGUGAUCCUGGUGACUUUUUUUUCUUUUUAACGAGGUCGGCGUGCGCAGUAGUGGAGUGAUGGAUGAGGCCAGAGGGAAAGCCAGGAGACGCGUUCCACCUCCACGCCACGCGCCAUGCCGGACACCUUACCUGGUGUGGGGACCUUAAAAGACACACACACACACACACAACCCGCUCUGAGUCCACUACAUCCUGUUAGAUUCAUUUCUCUGUUUACUUGAAAAUAUUGGAGGAAUUCCACUGAACCCGUUUCAGUUAUUUUGUCGUUUUGUUUCCACGUUGCCUUGUUUGCUUUGUUUUUCUUUUGCAGUUUAAUGCAGAUUGUCGUACUUUUUGGUCUUUUUCACACGAGAAAAGCCCCCCCUUACACGACAUGUAAUGCUGAAGAAGUCCAUUUGCCAAGUAAAAGCUGAAUGAACAUGACUGCAUUUGUGUAAAAAGCACUAAGCUACAGUAUUAAGGGCGCACUAUGAUGAUAACCGUUUGUAAGAAAAUGCUGCCUGGUGGUGUUGCUUUAUUUUUAUGGCAGUAACUGCAGUUAUAAAUAAUUAUAUAUAUAUAUAUAUAUAUAAAUAUAAAAGACAUUCAACAGACAUUUUAGUUGUCAUCUUUGUCUCAUGAUGUCC